AUGUUGUUUAUAAAGAAGAAGGAUGGUAGUAUGAGGUUGUGCAUCGACUACCGGGAGCUGAAUCAAGUCACCAUCAAGAACAAGUACCCUCUUCCAAGAAUCGACGACUUGUUUGAUCAACUCCGUGGCACAGGAGUGUUUUCCAAAGUUGACUUGAGGUUGGGGUAUCAUCAGAUAAAGGUGGCAGACAAGGAUAUUCCUAAGACCGCGUUUCGGACUUGGUGCGAUCACUACGAGUUUACGGUUAUGCCAUUCGGUUUGACUAAUGCCCCUGCAGUAUUUAUGGACUUGAUGAAUAGGGUGUUCAAACCUCACCUCGAUGAUUUCGUGAUCGUAUUCAUCGACGACAUCUUGGGCAUCUAUCAAUCACGUGGCCUAGAAACGCUACACUGUCCUUCCAAAACUCGCACUUUGAAAACUUGGCGUACAACUGCUUUUCCCUCAAGAUUUGAAGUACCGUCCGAAGAUGGAGAGCCACGCAUCCAGAAGUCCAAGGAAAUCCCUUCACUUGGAGAGCCAACUCUGAUGCCGUCCACUUUAGUGACGCUCUGUUCAGUUGUUCCCACAACUGUGUGA